CACACACACACACACGCAGCAUGGAGCUCAGGGAGCCGGCGGUAGUGGUGGCCCUGGCUCUGGUUCUGGUUCUGGCUCUGUGUCCGCCUCUGUGCUCCUCUCAGACCUACGUCCUGACCGAGGCACACGGCCUGGGGAGGACUUUUGACGGAGUCGGCGGUUUGAGCGGCGGAGGGGCGACGUCCCGGCUACUGGUCAACUAUGCUGAGCCGUACCGCAGCCAGAUACUAGACUACCUGUUUAAGCCCAACUUCGGAGCUUCUCUGCAGAUACUGAAGGUGGAGAUUGGAGGAGACGCUCAGACUACUGAUGGAACGGAGCCGUCACACAUGCACUAUGAGAACGAUGAGAACUACUUCCGAGGGUACGAGUGGUGGCUGAUGAAAGAGGCCAAGAAGAGAAACCCAAAUAUCACACUCAUGAGUUUGCCCUGGGCGUUUCCUGGGUGGGUGGGCCACGGUAAGAACUGGCCCUAUGACUUCCCAGACAUCACUGCAGCAUACGUGGUGAACUGGAUCCUCGGAGCCAAGCAGUACCAUGACCUGGACAUUCAGUAUGUUGGGAUUUGGAAUGAGCGAAACUACGACAGCAAGUACAUCAAGCUGCUGCGGUACACUCUGGAUAAGAGUGGUCUGGAGACAGUCAGCAUCGUAGCCAGUGACAACCUGUGGGAGCCCAUUGUCCUGUCUCUGCUGCUAGACCCCGAGCUCAGCAGAGCCGUAGACGUGAUAGGGGCCCACUACCCGGGCACCAACACGGUGAAGGACGCCCUGAAGACCCAGAAGAAGCUGUGGUCGUCGGAGGACUACAGCACUUUCAACGAUGAGGUGGGGGGGGGCUGCUGGGCUCGCAUCCUCAACCAGAACUACGUCAACGGACUCAUGACUGCCACCAUCUCCUGGAACCUGGUGGCCAGCUACUAUAGCGACCUGCCAUUCGGCAGAGACGGGCUGAUGACGGCUGAGGAGCCCUGGAGCGGCAACUAUGAAGUGGAGUCUCCAAUCUGGAUCACAGCCCACACCACACAGUUCACCCAGCCAGGAUGGACCUACCUGCAGACUGUUGGGCAUCUGGCACAAGGUGGAAGUUAUGUAGCCCUGACUGAUGGGAAAGGAAAUCUCACUGUUGUCAUAGAAACCAUGACUCACGAUCACUCAGUGUGCAUAAGACCUCCGCUCCCUUCCUUCAAUGUGACCUCCCAGAAUGCAACUUUCCAGCUAAAGGGAUCCUUUGCCUCCAUUAAGGAGCUCCAGGUGUGGAAGUCACAGUUUAACUUCAAAACGAAAAAGUCCUCCUUCUUUGAGAAACUAGCUCCACUGAAGCUUUUGGAUGGAUCAUUCACUUUAGAGCUGGCUGAAGAUGAGGUUUACACAUUUACCACAAUUACAACCGGGCAGAAAGGCAGCUACCCCGACUCCCCUCCCUCGGCCCGCUUCCCUAAAGUCUACGAGGACCACUUUAAUGUCCGAACCCCUCCCUUCUCGGAGGCUCCAUACUUCGCUGACCAGACCGGGGUGUUCGAAUACUACAUCAACAUGACCGACCCCGGACCUCACGUCUUCACCUUGCGACAGGUUGUGACUGAGAGACCCGUCACAUGGGUUGCUGACGCCGACCAGACCAUCAGUGUCAUAGGAGACUACCAGUGGGAGAACCUGACGGUCACAUGUGAUGUCUUCAUGGAGAGCGUGAGGACGGGCGGUGUCUUCAUAGCAGCCAGGGUGGAUAAAGGAGGCCAGUCAGUCCGCAGCGCUAAAGGAGUCUUCUUCUGGGUGUUUGCAGACGGAACAUACAAAGUUACCAAUGAUCUCGCUGGAGAGACUGUACUGGCGGAGGGGCAGUCUGGUACCCGAGCUUAUGGUUGGCACACUUUAUCACUCACUGUGAAAGGUCAGUAUGCGGUGGGGCUGCUGAAUGGAUACCCGCUGUGGAAGAAUGCUGUGGUGCUGAGCCCAAAGAACGGCUGGGCGGCCAUAGGAACGCACUCAUUUGAACUGGCUCAGUUUGAUAACUUUGCAGUGGUGGCAGAAUAUUGAUUCAAACGUUUUUUUACGUUAUGAUGUGAAUCUUGUGAUCAAUUUAAUUUAUUAACACCUCAGUGUAGGGCUGUACCAAAUAGUUUGAAGCCUCAUUCACAUUGUUGACGUUCAAAUUAUUAUUAAUAAUAACUUACAGAAACAUUGUGGUCUCUCUCUAACACCACAAACAGCGAGCAGUCUUUGUCUCUUUAAUUGCCUCUGUCCUGAAGUCAAAAUAGAUGUAAUCAUAGCCAAAAUUCACAAUAUGUUUUAAUCUGACACUGUUCUGCUUCCAAUUUGUAUUUGUUGGCAUUUUCCCUUUCAAAAUGCGUCAAAAACUGUUUGGGGAGCAUAAUAAAAGUAAUUCAUCAUUUUUUCCCCCCAUCUUUUAGGGCGCUGCCAUCGUAAAAUGUGCCUUCAGACAUUCAAAGCUUAAUUCAAAAACCUCAAUAGAAGUUUUGAAUGUUAAACAAAAAAAUGUCAUGCGGCACAGCCCUACUUCAGUCUGCUAUAUAUGGAUUUGAUUUUGUUUUUUUCUCUGUAAAGGUGUGACAAAAGAAUUAAGAGGGGGAAAAAAGGGCACAUAAUGUAAUUUCAACACUGAAAUGUAAAUGUCUGAUAUAAUUGUUUUUUAAGGAAAAAGGAUUUAUAAAUAUAUUUUAAUGUUUAUGCUUUGUAAUGAUUUAAAAAUGGCUGGAAUAAAGAAAAUUAUCAAAUUA